GGCCUGCUUGAUCAGCUGAUAUUCGUUGGUUCGCGCGUUUUUAUUUUCGGCUAAAAAGGUGCUAAAGUAGGAAACAGUACUUAGCAAUCUUAUAAUGUUGUCAAAACAAGAUGAAAUUAAACCAAUUAAUAAUGAAACAGUACACAGAAUAUGUUCCGGCCAGGUUGUUUUAAGUCUUGCAAUUGCUGUUAAAGAACUAGUUGAGAAUGCAAUUGAUGCCGGCGCAACAAAUAUUGAAAUACGGGUGAAAAACUACGGCCAAGAUUCAAUUGAAGUGAUUGACAAUGGUUCCGGAGUACAGGAGAAAAAUUUCGCUGCUUUAACAUUAAAACACUACACAUCAAAAAUUCGUGAAUUUAACGACUUAGAAAACGUCGCGACACUUGGAUUCCGUGGCGAAGCUCUUAGCUCACUCUGUGCUUUAGCAGAUCUCACAAUAAUAACCAGACAUGAAUCUUUAGAACAUGCUACAAAAAUAUGCUAUGAUCACAAUGGCCAUAUUAUAUCACAAUCCAUCACAGCCCGUUCAGUUGGAACAACUGUUCAGCUUUCCAACCUUUUCGCAAGUCUGCCGGUGCGAAGAAAAGAGUUUACGAAAAACUCAAAGAAAGAGUUCAAUAAAAUGUGCAGCUUAUUGUACGCGUAUUGUUUAGUCUGCACAAAUGUUAAAUUUACAUGCAGUAAUCAAGUGUUGAACAAUAAGAACAUAAUACUUACGACACAAGGAAGCGGCUCAGUCAGUGACAAUAUCGUUAACAUAUUUGGCGCAAAGCAAAUAUCACAACUGCUUCAAGUGCCGCUUGUACUACCAGAUGAAUCAAUCGCGAAUGAUUUUACCAUCAAGAAAGUCCCUGACGAAUCACCCUUUGUGUUUGAUUUUCAUAUUUCCAGUGUCAUGCAUGGAAGCGGUCGAUCUGCAGCUGAUAGACAGUUUUAUUAUAUUAAUUCACGGCCGUGUGAGCCACAAAAACUUGCUAAACUUGUCAAUGAAACCUACAGAAGCUUUAAUAACAAUCAGUAUCCAUUUGUUUAUUUAAAUGUUAAAGUAUUAAGUAGUUUGGUGGAUGUAAAUGUUACGCCUGAUAAGAGACAGAUUUUCUUGGAGCAGGAAAAGCUCUUAAUGGCGACUGUUAAGAUGAGUCUGCUGGAAGCUUUCAAGAAUUUUCCAUCAACAUAUAAAGUCCAGAAUCUAAAUAUUUCUGUUGGUAUUACACAAGAGGAUAAUAAAAGAAAGUAUGAAGAUGACGAUAACAAUGAUAAGAAAGUUAAUGUGAAAUCAUUCUUGGAGAUAUUUAAAAAGCAAAAGGUUGCAGGACCGAAAGUAGAGAUUAUUAAAUGUCCUGUUACGCCUAAAAGAGUUCAAAAAUGUUUAACAGAGUUUAAAAUAGUUAAAAAACGUGAAGAAUCACCUGAAAAAGAAAUAACUGACACACAAAUGGAAUUAAUUAAUGAAACAGCAGUGAUGGUUCAUGAGUUUUUGAAUACUACAAGUGAGUCAGCUUCACCACCUAAAGAAACAGAAGAAAAACCUGCAAAACCGACAAAAGUUGUCUUUGAUUCGCCAAUAAAAAAACAACCUGCGCAAGCAGAAGAAAACAAUUCUGAUGUUUUGAAUUUCUCACUUGACUCAAUCAAAAAAGCUGUGGAGGAAAGCGAGCUUGCCAAUGAUAAACAAAAAGAGUUAAUUGUUAAAUUCCGUGCGGAUAUAGCACCGCAAAGCAACAAAGAUGCUGAACUGGAGUUACAGAAACAAUUCUCCAAAGAUAUGUUCAAAGAAAUGAACAUUAUCGGACAAUUUAAUUACGGAUUUAUAAUUGCAGCGUUAAAUCAAGAUUUGUUUAUCAUUGAUCAACAUGCAUCCGAUGAAAAGUAUAACUUUGAAAUGUUGCAGAAAAAUACCGUUAUUGAUAGUCAAAUAUUAGUCAACCCAAAACCAUUGCAACUCACAGCUGUGGAUGAAAAUAUCCUGCUUACAAAUGAAAAAGUGUUUAACAAGAAUGGUUUUUACUUUGAGCACAACGAAAACGGUGCUCCUACUGAACGUGUUAAAAUGACGAAGAUUCCAGUGUCAAAAAGUACGAUUUUUGGCAAAGAUGACGUCGAUGAGAUGAUUUAUAUGUUAAAAGAAGGAGCAGAUUUAAAUUGCCGCCCUUCGAGAAUAAGAGGUAUGUUUGCAUCGCGCGCGUGCAGAAAAUCUGUGAUGGUCGGCAAAGCUUUGAAUAAAAGCGCGAUGAAAAAACUGGUUGAUCACAUGGGCGACAUUGAACAGCCGUGGAAUUGCCCGCAUGGCAGACCAACGAUGCGGCAUUUGAUUAAUAUGAAUCUCUUGGAAUAAUUCAUUUUAUUAUUAUUAUUGGCAAAUUAAGUGAUUACGAUUGUUUUUAUUAACUUUUUAUCUGAAUGAUUUACGUUGAUUACUUUUUUAUACUUAUAUUACUUGUUUACUGUUUAAUUACUUCAUUAUUAUGUAGUUUAUGUUGAGAAGACUGAAAAUGGUUAUAUUCCACCAUAAUUGUGAAAUAUAAAAUUAAAUCAAUCAACA